AUGGCUCUGAUACAUAAUUAAAAUGACUUAUAAAAUAUGUUUAGUAAGGCUGGAAAAAUAACUUCUGAAAAAUAUAUUGUAUUUCAACAUAGAGAUGAUCAACCUGUUAAAAAGUUUAAGACUCCACAAUCAACCAAAUCUCCAGAAUCAAUAAAAAAGAAAGCACAUUCUCAAUAAGAGUCGCUCAGUGAAGCAGAUCAAACCCAUUUAAAACACCUUCUCAAACUAUCCUAACCCUUUUCCAAAUAGAUCUCCAGACAAAUUGGACAUUACACUUAAGUUGGAAACAAUAACAAAGCAUCAUGUGGAUAAUAUCAUAUCAAAUAUAGUGAACUAGACAAAGCAGUACAUUCAGUUCCAAAUUAUGAUAAAACUUUGAAACACACUCAUCCCAUCGAAGUUCCCCAUAGAUAUCAAUAAGAUUGCCCUAUAGUGUAAGUACCCUAUUGCUAUAAUAGUACUCCCAUUAUUGAGAAACCUAAAAUUAAAAAUGAAAGUUUUGUAGAUUUGCAAAGAUAAAUACCAAGAGCUGACAUAUUUUCAGGAACGCCCAAUCCUCAUCCAGAUCGAUUUCAGUUCUUAAAUGUAACCAAUCAAUGGAGUAAAAUACCAAGAUAACCUUAAAUUAAGUUGGAAAAACAAUUAUCCAGAGAUCAGAUGUUGAUUUAUAAGAAGAAGGAGUUUGCACCUGAUUAUAAACCUAAUUUCGAGUUUGGCAAAAAGAAGUUGGGCAGUUGUGGGGCACCUUUUUAUAAAUUAGAAUAAAGAAAGGACAUUUUGACUAAGAUACCUCCAUACACUUUUGAAAGCUAUUUCGAAUAUGAUGAAUAUGCCAAAAAAUCAAAUAGCCAACUCUUCAGUUCUCCAACAGCUCCUAAUUUUAACACUAUGUUAGAGAGAGAAUGUGAUCAACGUUCAUUGUUGCCAAGCUUCAUGCAAAAAUAUACAAAUACAAGAUUGGGCAUUACUCAUUUAAAUUAGAAAAUGUUAGAAGUUAACAAUUUUAGAGAUGGUAGAUUCCUAACAGUUACAUCAAGUUUUAUGCCUACAAAGUAAUAGACAUCCAAAAAGAACCUUAACAAAUCAAGCCAAAAUUAAUCAAUUGAUGACAUUUGA